GUGGCCUUUCCCACCCUCCAGCCCUUAAACUCUCCCUCCCUAGAAGGAAGCAACUUAUUUAGUGUAACAAUGGGAAGUUUUAUGACGUCGGAUAUGGAGUAAAGUAACAGUGCAGAAGUUGGUAUAUGCAGACUGAUGUGUCCCAGGCAGGGUCAAAAGGCUGUAACCAUAUAAGUAGUCUCGUUCCUUCCCCAUCACAGGCCCCCCAAAGCUUCAGACCUCCUCCCUGGCUCUCCACACCAAGACACUGGACAGAGGUGGCUGAGAUCCUCCCUUGUCCAGUACCCUGAGAGAAGAAAGGAGGUGCAGCAAAUUCAUCCAGGCUGUCCCUGGAGGUGACCCGCCGCAGCCCGGCGAGGUCCAGGCCGCAGUCUGCAGAUCUCAGGCUCUUGACGGCCACGGGGGACCCCGGAAUCGCACCUUCUACUCUCAGCGCACCUGAGGGCACCAGCAGUGACCGCGACGUUGGGGAAAAGGCGGCAGAAAGACGCAGCUGAGAGAAAAGGGUGAGGACGCUCGGGACAGACGCGGGAGAGGGCCGGGAGCGGAUCGCGAAGAGCGAGGGCCGGCAAGGGCAUCUGAGGCGCGGCAGGGGUGGCUGCCGCAGGGUCGGAGCGUGAGCCAGCGCUGCCGCCCCUGGGGACCCCGGAACGCCAGCUGGCUCGGAGCACAGAUCCCCUUCAUCCCGCAAGUGUGGCGACGGGUCCCUCGGAGCCGGCCACCCCCUCCUCCUUCCUCGCGCUGCCCUGGCUCGGUCCCGCCCCCGGCGCUCAGGAGCUAGCGCCACAGCGGUCGCCGCCCUCCAGCCCGGCCGCCGCUUUGCCAGCUCGCCUGGGCACGCUGCGGGAGCGGCGCGCGUCGCCCGCCCAGGCACUUCGGUUCCACUACGCGGCCAGCCCACUCCGCUCGCUAGCAGCUGCGCUCCACGUCACAGGAACUGGAGUAGGACCCUAACAAGACCGGCGCGUUGGGCUGGAGACGGAGCCCCGAGGCUAUGCCCGCUGCCCCCACGCUGUACCAGUCGCUCGUCGUGUGCCCAGGCCGGUUCCCCGACGGCCGCGCGUUGAGAUGACUUUCUGCGAUCUCCUGAGCUUCAGUUUCGAGGGACCCGGCUCGGACGGCAGCGCCAGUGGGACUGGUACAGGGGGAGGCGCGGGCGGCGCUGCCGCCUCGGAGGGCCAGGCGGUGGACGGCGUGCCUGGGGCCGCGGGCUGCGGCGGCGGCGGCAGCGGCGGCGGCGUGGUGGGCGCGGGCAGCAGCGAGGACAACCGGAGCUCCGCUGGAGAGCCCGGGAGCCCCGGCGCCGGCGGCGAGGUGAAUGGCACAGCGGCCGUCGAGGGGCUGGUGGUGAGUGCUCAGGGAGUGGGUGUGGGCGUCUUCCUGGCAGCCUUCAUCCUCACAGCUGUGGCGGGCAACGUGCUGGUCAUCCUCUCGGUGGCCUGCAACCGCCACCUGCAAACGGUCACAAACUAUUUUAUUGUGAACUUGGCUGUGGCCGACCUGCUGCUAAGUGCCACAGUGCUCCCCUUCUCGGCCACCAUGGAGGUUCUGGGCUUCUGGGCCUUUGGCCGGGCCUUCUGCGACGUCUGGGCCGCCGUGGACGUGCUGUGCUGCACGGCCUCCAUCCUCAGCCUCUGCACCAUCUCGGUGGACCGAUACGUGGGUGUACGCCAUUCGCUGAAGUACCCCUCCAUUAUGACCGAGCGCAAGGCAGCAGCCAUCCUGGCGCUGCUCUGGGCCGUAGCUGUCGUAGUGUCUGUGGGGCCACUACUGGGAUGGAAGGAGCCCGUGCCCCCGGACGAGAGCUUCUGCGGCAUCACAGAGGAGGCAGGCUAUGCUGUCUUCUCCUCCCUGUGCUCUUUCUACCUGCCUAUGGCAGUCAUCGUGGUCAUGUACUGCCGCGUGUACGUGGUGGCGCGAAGCACCACGCGCAGCUUGGAGGCGGGCGUCAAGCGCGAGCGCAGCAAGGCCUCAGAGGUGGUGCUGCGCAUCCACUGUCGCGGCGCCAGCACUGGCUCAGCUGAGACCCACUGGGGGAUGCACAGCACCAAGGGUCGCAAGUUCCGCAGCUCACUGUCAGUGCGUCUGCUCAAGUUCUCCCGCGAGAAGAAGGCGGCCAAGACGCUGGCCAUUGUCGUGGGCGUCUUUGUGCUCUGCUGGUUCCCCUUUUUCUUCGUCCUCCCACUGGGCUCCCUGUUCCCACAGCUGAAGCCCUCAGAGGGCGUCUUCAAGGUUAUCUUCUGGCUGGGCUACUUCAACAGUUGUGUGAAUCCACUCAUCUACCCCUGCUCCAGCAGGGAGUUCAAGCGUGCCUUCCUCCGCCUCCUGCGCUGCCAGUGCCAUCCUAGUCGCCAGCGCCGCCGCCCACUCUGGAGUAUCUACAGUCGCAACUGGCAAGCUUCAAAUGGCAGCCCACACCCAGACUGCACUCCUGGCCCAGGUGCCAUACCCACCAGGGCCCCACAGGCCUUCACUGUGCCCUCAGCCCCUGGCUCCCUGGGUGCACCCAAAGCACAGGCUCCAGCUGUCACCUGUCGAAAGAUGCCCUGCACCUUCCGUGAGUGGAGGCUUCUCCGGCCAUUCCAGAGACCUGCUACCCAGCUGCAUGCCAAAGUCUCCAGCCCGUCACAAAAGAUCCACACCAGAGAGGCCAUGUGCGCCCUGCACUCAGAGGUGGAAGUGGUGUUCUUAGGUGUCCCCCAUGAUGCAGCUGAGGGUACUACCUGCCAGGCUUAUAAACUGGAGGACUACAGCCAUCUCCAAGAGACUGAUAUUUAAGGACCUUGAGUUAGGCCGAGGAGUAUGCUGGGUUGGCGGGAAGGGUAUGGAGAAGGAGACUGUCUCUGUUCAAGAGGCUGGUGAGAAUCAGAGACCCAGAAACUCAUCAGCAUCAGUUUUGGCAACUGCUUUCCAGCAUCCGUGAGGAACUGAGAUGGGGUGAGGGCUUUGAAAGUUAUGGGCUCCCCCUCCUGGACACAGACGCCCCCAGCUCCUCCUUUCAAGAGAGGGGCUACAGGCCCCUUGAGGCCAUUUGCUUCCAGUCCCUGCUUGAGAAACACUGCCCUGUCUAUGCUGUGAACCCUGGGUAGGUGGCCCCAAGUAUAACCAGGCAGCCCUGUCCCUCCUCUUGGGGAGGAAAGGGCACAGAGGCCCUGCCUGGCUGUUCCCAAUGCCUCCCCUCCAGGAAAGGUCACUGGGGCCAAGGAUUCUCCAUGGACACAAUUUCUCCUUACUGCAGACUGGAGAAAUCCAGCGAGCCUGCCAUUGCCACCGGCAUGCUUUGGUGGCAGAAUAAAUGACUGUCCUACAAGCCUAUUGUAUAACUUGCAGGCCACUCUGCCCUACAGAGGCUCUGCCCUGCCCCUCAUUUCGUCUUCCAAAGGGCCUUACUGUUUACACUCUGUAUAUAGCUGCUUAUGCCUGUGCCCGUCACUUCUUGCUGGGAUCUAGAACAAUCAAAUGGGGAGAGCUUUGUCAUUUUUAGACAUAUUUAUUGGUCAGGGUACUUCUGUUUUCUCCAAACUGUGCAAACUGUUACUCUUUAGCUUACAACCCAUAAAGAACUCCUUUUUGUACUAAA